AUGGCUGACAGCGCUCGCGUCGACGGCAAUUCCAACGUGGAUGCCCUCAAAGCCAGUCCGGUAGCCCAGAACGUCAUGGAUCAGACGGCUAAGACAUCGGCCGAGAUGUCGAACUUGGCCGCUGCCCGCCAUCCUCCUUCCUACACGGCUGCCACCGGCCAGCCGUUGACACAUUACCACUCGUUUUUCUCAGAGCUCCUGUCAUGGAACAACCCUCGGGCUUCGGCCAUCGCCUAUGCCACCAUCGUGACGCUUAUCUUCACGUUUAGGUACCUUGAUGUUUUGCGUUGGGCUUUCAAGCUCACUUGGAUGGUUCUGGGCAUCACCAUCGCCGCCGAGGUCGCUGGAAAGGCCCUUCUCAACAACGGCUUCGCAACUCAGCUCCGCCCCCGGAAGUACUACACCAUCCCCCGGGAGACCCUCGAGGCCACGAUCGGUGACGUUCACGAGUUGAUCAACUUCUUCGUCAUCGAGACUCAGCGCGUGCUUUUCGCCGAGAACGUCUAUGCUUCGGCUGCUGCCGCUCUCGCCGCCUUCAUCUCGUAUUACCUCGUCAAGAUUGUCCCUUACUGGGGCCUGGCCGUUAUUGGCACUACGGUCGUCUUCUUCACCCCGCUGGUCUACACCUCUAACCAGGAGCUCAUCGACACCCAGCUCAAGCACGCCAGCGAGAUUGUCAACGCCCAGACCGCCCAGCUCCGCUCCGUCGCUCAGAAGAACACGGAGAAGGCUACCCAGGUGACCAAGCAGUACAUGGGCGACUACACUGCCAAGGCUCAAGCGCUGAUCAAAGGUGCCCGCCACAACGAGCCGGUCUCGAAGCAGAAGAAGCCCGUCCAGGAGGCCGACUUUCCUGCGCCUCCGAAGGAUGAGAUCAAGCACUUCCCUGCGGCUCCCAAAGAGGAUAUCAAGCCUGAUGCUGCCGAACCCUCGCUUGAGCCUAAGCCAGAGCCGUCUGACAAGACCCAGGAGCCCCUGAUCGUCGCCUAA